AUGUCCGCGCCUUCGACUGAGCAAAGAGCCUCUUCCAGUGGCUCCCUGUCCUCCGUGACUGUUGCGCAACAUGGAGGGCGUGGCCAGGGCGUGAAUGAUCCAUAUCCCGGGGGGAAAUCAGACGGCGAAAAGGCACUGCCUACUCACGAAGCGCCAGUUGCUGCGGACGGGGGCACGACUGCUUGGUUGGUCGUUCUAGGGGCAUGGUCUGGUGCCGGUGACGAUGCUGACGUUGGGCCAGGCAUCGGCGCCUUUCAAGAAUAUUACCAGGACACGCUGCUGUCGUCAUACUCUGCCAGCACCAUCGCUUGGAUCCCGUCGCUGCAAAUCUUCUUCAUGAGCGCCAUGGGCCUCGUGGCGGGCGUUCUCUACGACAGACACGGUCCUCGGCAGCUCCUCCUCGUCGGCAGCUUCCUCCACGUCUUCGGCCUCAUGAUGUGUUCCCUCGGCACGCAGUACUACCAGAUCCUGCUAGCUCAGGGCGUCUGCUCGGCCAUUGGAGUUGCCAUCAUCUUCCAGCCAUCAAUCAACGUCAUCCACGGCUGGUUCGACAAGAAGCGCGGCGCAGCGUUCGGUAUCCUCGCAACCGGCUCCUCCUUGGGCGGCGUCGUCUUCCCCAUCAUGGUCUCCCGCCUCAUCCGCCAGGCAGGCUACGCCUGGGCGAUGCGAACCUGCGCGUUCCUCAUCCUUGCCCUCCUCAUCGUCGCCAACCUCACCAUCCGCGCCGCCCACCCGCCGCGCCCGCAAAAGCUCACCAUGGAGCGCCUCGCAAAGCCGUUCUUCGAGUUCGACUUUGUCUUCUUGUGCGCGGGCUUCUUCUGCUUCUCCUUUGGCAUCUUCGUGCCCAUUGACUACCUUCCCGUCCAAGCGCUCGACGCCGGCGUGGACCCCAACUUGGCCCAGUACCUGCUGUCCAUCCUCAACGCCGGAAGUCUCUUGGGGCGCUUGUCUUCAGGGAUAACGAGCGACAAGAUUGGCCGGUACAACAUCUUCGUCACGGUUUGCGCCCUGACAGGUAUAUGGGCUCUUGCGCUCUGGAUCCCGAGCACCAGCACUGGGGGCAUCAUUGCGUUUGCCGCGCUAUUUGGUUUCUGUAGCGGUGCGUACGUGUCGCUCAUUUCGCCGCUGGUUGCGCAGAUUUCGCCGUUGCGGGAAAUCGGCUUCCGGACAGGCAUCAUCUUCUUUGUUUCGUCUAUUGCUGGGUUGACGACAAAUCCCAUCAGUGGCGCCAUCUUGGGAGGUGACAAGAAUUGGAUCGGCGUCAAGGUGUUUGCGGGCGUGCUCUGCUUGGCGGGGACCAUUUUGGUUCUCACUGCAAGGAUUCACAGGACGGGAUGGAAGCUGGCGGUUGUGUUUUAA